AUGUUGUCAAUGGCAAUUAUCCCUAAUAAAAUAGACCAGAUUUUAAAGCCAAAGUUAUUAAAGGAAUUAGAUGAAAAAUAUGUAUUAAACUUAUGUGAUUCAAUAGUCAGACUAAAAGAAUCAAUAAAGAUUAUAAUCUAAUUCCACUGAUGGAUCUUUUGUUUUUAUGAAGUAAUCUUACCUAUUACAUACUAUAGGAAGAAUAAUUUGCUCAUAUCACACCAAAGUAAAGAUAAGUAUUUGCAAAAGAAGUAAUUUUUUUAAAUUACAUUUCAAUUAAAGCAGAAAAAGCUGUCAGAUUCACAAUUUAAUGUAUUAUGUUUAAGCUAUAAUAUUUCAUUUUUAUUAUAAAUAUUAACAAAUUGUUUUCCAAAUCUAAACCUGAACAACUAAAAGACAAUUAGAAAGUGGAAUAGCCUCAAAUUUAAAAUAACUAUAGGAUAGCGAGGCUGA